AUGGAAGAUUCCUCCCUAGGAGGCAGCUGCCUGUCAGCAUGGGCUCAAGAAUUUGUGAACAGCAAAAUCCAACCUGGAAACGUGGUUGUGUUCAUUAAGCCCACCUGCUCCUACCGCAGAAGGAUCCAAGAGCUCCUCAGUCAAUUGUCUUCACAGAAGGGUUUUUGGAAUUUGUUGAUAAUCACAGCCACUAGUUACACAAUCAAGAAUCAAAAUUAUUUGAAACAGCUCACAAGAGCCAGAAAGGUACCUUGGGUCUUUAUUGGUAAAGAUUGUAUAAGUGGAUGCACUUAUCUGACAGAAAUGCAUCACAGUGGGGAACUGCUGAAGCAGCUAAAGCAAAUUAGAGGUCUACAAUAA